AUGCUUCGUCAACCAAGUCGUCUCGUCCGGUUUGUGAGGACCCCGGUAAGGAUCUAUAGUCCAGCCCCUCCACACGUUCUUAAGCGCACGUUCGCAGAACACCAUUCUCCGGCAAUCAAAGCCGAAUCCCAAGAACCCAAAAUAAGUCAGAUUAUACAGCAAGAUCACAGGGAACUAGAGGAUUAUUACAACCGCAUUGUCAGCUCCAAAGACCACGACGAGCAGGAACGAUUUCAAAACGCCUUCAUUUGGGAGCUAGCACGACACGCAAUCUCAGAAGAGCUCGUCGUAUACCCGGUCUUUGAAAGGGUGAUCCCCAAUGGAGCCCAGAUAGCUGAUAAGGAUCGCGAGGAGCAUCAGAAGGUAAAAGAGCAACUCUACGAAUUCCAGAAGUUGAAGCCCAAAGACCAAAGUUUCCUCCCCACGCUGGAGGCGCUCUAUAAAGACCUGAAGCAACACUUUAAAGAGGAAGAGGAACAUGAUCUUGUGAAAUUGGAGGAGGCAAUUUGGCUGGCGCACUCUCGAGAAUUGUGCGAAAAGUUCGAGAAGACGAAGAUGUUCACGCCGACGCGGAGUCACCCCAGCAUUCCUAAUAAGCCUCCAUUCGAAACGGCCGUUGGCUUGAUGACGGCGCCGAUUGAUAAGCUCCGGGAUCUAUUCGCCAAGUUCCCGGACGAAAAAUCCGCAAAGCCGCAGGGUGGCAAAUCACAAUAA